CGGGUAGCCAUUUUUGUGAAGUUGACAAGUGUUCCUCGCAACAAGCCAGCAGACGUACAGUUUUCUCAAAGCGAAAGAAAAAGCGACCGGUGGUUCCUGGCUCAGUCAAGAAGCAGUCGUCUGUUUUCGCGUCUCUUUCUCGUCUAAUCGAUUCAACCCGUGAACCCCGCGGAGCACCAGCGAGAUGGCGUACGAACCGAAGACAGCCCCGUUCGAUCCUCGUUUCCCGAACCAGAACCAGACCAAGCACUGCUACCAGAGCUAUCUGGAUUUCCACCGCUGUGAGAAGGUCAAGGGCGAAGGCGACCAGGUGUGCAAAUACUUUAAGAGCGUCUUCUCAUCAAUGUGCCCGAACUCGUGGGUCGAGAAGUGGGACACGCAGCGCGAGGAAGGCACCUUCGCUGGUCAUAUUUAAGAAGAAGGAUGCACCUGCACCAGGGCAGAUUAGUAGUGUUUUGCAGUGAAACACCUUCGCCUAUGGCACCAUUGGCUGCACUCGUAAGGAGGCUGGGUGAGGAGGAGGCGGUUCCCACGCAUCCUCGCUAGUAUAAAAUGCCAGAAUUAAAUUCAAAUUUCAAUAAACUGGAGCAAAGCGUGCCACACUAUAAUCGUUAGAGCACGAGAAUAAAUUAAAAUAAAACCAAACUAAAACAAAAGAGCUGAACUGUUGAAACUUAAAUGGUACUUGUGUGUGAGUUGCUUUUUUAAAUAGACAUGUUAACAUUAUUCAUUUCGGAUGGA